CUCUGGUCAUGCCAAUUGUCAGCUUAAAGAGUCUCCAUUCGCCAUCUUCCACGUACUCCUAUGGAGCCUACCGCUUCAUUUCCCCUAAUCAAUCGCGUCUCCGCAUUAUCCACAACGUUCACUCGCUCCUUCAUGUCAUCAUUCAUCAUCAUCAACCCAAGUCUAAGCCCCAAAUCAUGUUUGUUCAUCCAUGGAUGGGCAUCAUUGCCAAUAUUCCAACUACAGUGCAAGGUGGAAAGCAUGUAGGGGAAAGUGGAAGGAAACUGAGGGAGGAGUUGACAGAAAAAGGAUUUAAUCCAGUGAGGGUUCAUCCUCUAUGGAAUCGACAUGGUCAUUCGGGAUUUGCCAUAGUGGAGUUCAACAAAGAGUGGGAUGGCUUUAAUAAUGCCAUCAUGUUCGAGAGGAGCUUUGAAGCGGAUCAUUGUGGAAAGAAGGAUUUCUAUCGGUCUAGGAGGCGGAGAGACAAAUUGUAUGGAUGGGUUGCUCGUGAAGAUGAUUACCAUUCAAGAGGACUGAUUGGUGACUAUCUUCACAGGAAUGGAGACCUGAAGACUGUUUCGGAAAAAGAAGCUGAAGAUCAAAGGAAGGACUCAAAGUUGUUGACAACCUUAGCCAACACCCUGGAGACCAAGAAUAUGCACCUUAAGGAAAUGGAGAACAAGUGUAAUGAGGUGAGUCAAUCCAUUAGUACAUUGAUGGAGCAGAAGGAUGAGAUGAUCAAAGCUUAUAAUGAAGAGACUAAAAACAUGCAGCAGAAUGCUCAUGACUAUUUGAAGAAGAUUUCUUUAGAGCAUGAGAGGACUACACAGCAUCUUUAUGAUAAGAAAAGAAAAUUAGAGCAGCGAGAGAAGGAGUUGUUUCAUCGCAAGGCUCAAAAUGGGGCUGAGACAAGAAAACUUAAGCAUGAAAAGAUGAUGAAUGAGAGGGCAACUUUGGAGCAAAAGAAGGCAGAUGAAAAUAUGUUAAGACUGGCUGAAGAGCAGAAGAGAGAAACAGAGAAACUCCAUAGAGAAGUCAUUGAGCUAGAAAAGCAACUUGAUGCUAAACAAGCACUGGAGCUGGAGAUACAGCGCAUGAAAGGGGCUUUGCAAGUAAUGCAGCACAUGGAAGGGGAUGGAGAGACGGAAAUGAAGACAAAGAUGAACGCAAUUGAAGAAGAACUAAAGGACAAGGAAGAAGAACUGGAUGACCUGGAGGAACUUAAUCAAGCUCUUAUUGUCAAGGAACGCAAAACCAAUGAUGAAUUAGAGGGUGCCCGAAAGGAGAUAAUCAAUAGUUUGAAAGAUGUUUCCACCCCUGCUUUUCAUUGGUGCCGAGAGAAUAAGAAAACAGCAAAGCAAUGUUUACUGUGGCAGGAGUAUCUUUGGGAUCCUAGCUGGCAUCCUUUUAAGAUAAUCACAGACAAGGAAGGAAACACUAAGGAAAUUCUUGACGAGGAAGAUGAAAAAUUGACUACCCUCAAGACUGAGUUUGGUGAUGAAGUAUACACUUCCGUGACCAGAGCUUUUGCACAGAUGAAUGAGCACAAAACGAGUGGUAGUUACACAGCCCCGGCACUGUGGAAUUUCAAUGAAGGGAGGAUGGCAACAUUGGCGGAGUUAGUGGAGCAUUUACUGAAGCAGUGGAAACAGCAGAAGCGAAAGAGAUGCAGAAGGUACUUUUAACAAGUUUUGAAUGAAAAAACAUAGUGUGACUGAAUGUGCUUACGUUUUGUUUCUUCUACAAUUUCUCGGUAAUCAAAUUUAGGCUGAUCCAACUGCAUUUAAAAAAA